AUGUCAGAUUCAAAUGCUCUCCCAGCCAACCUAGAAGCUAUUCUUGAUGGACCUGCGCUGGCUCCGCCUGCUGGCAUUACUUCCAAUUUCGACAACCCCGUGCUGCACAACACUGAGGCCCGCAUCGUUCUGGGUAUAUGCCUGGCAAUCAGCUCGAUCUUGUUUCUAAUCCGCAUGUACGGUACAUGGUUUGUGGUGAAGAAGCCGCGUCUCAGUGAUUACGUGAUUAUUCCAACAUACAUCCUGUUCGUCGCGUUCGUCGCUAUCGUGGAUGCCGAGGUGAAACUUGGAUACUUCGUUCAUCAGUGGGAUAUUCGGUUGCGGGACCUCUCCCCUAUCGUCUACCUGUACCUGAACUCGAUAAGUCUAUACGCUGUCACCCUGAUGUUGAUCAAGGCGGCGAUCUUGCUCGAGUGGCUCCACAUCUUCGUCCCCACGGGGACCAGGAACUACUUCUUCUGGAUCGGCUACUCUCUCCUGUGGAUCAACAUUGCUUUCUACUCGGCAGCAAUCAUAGUGCUGAAUCUUACCUGCUUCCCCCGGGAGAAAUACUGGAAUAGGCUGUUACCAGGGAAGUGCACCGACGACAGGCCGCUCGACAUAUCGUCGGCCAUCAUUAACUUCCUGGUCGACCUUGGCAUCUUGUUCCUUCCACAGAAGGUCAUCUGGAACCUGAACAUGUCUUCCAAGAAGAGAAUCGGAGUAUCCGCUAUCUUCAGCCUCGGUGUCAUUGCCGUUGCGACUGCGGGUUAUCGCACUGUUUUCACGAUUGUGAAGUCGACAUCUAAGGACAUAACCUGGGACUACUCGCUUGUUGGCCUCUUGCUCGCGGUGGAGAUUACCUGUGGGUUUGUGGUCUUCUGCUUGCCGGUAUGCCCGAAGGCCCUCAGCGCCACAGGGCUCCCCAAGUUGUACUCAAGACUCAAAUCUUUGUCGGGUAAAUCUUCACUGAAAGGUUCAAAUAAUGCCACGAAACCUGUUUGGCCACGCCAGAGGGAGAGUGCGUUACAUGAUAACAGAAGACAUGACGUGGAGAACGGAUCGUUCGUUCCCCUCGAGCAGUACGGGGGAUAUGGCUCGGAAACGAGGCUUGGCAACCACUGGGGGAGUGUUUCUGGGGAAGAAGAUUUCCCAGGACACCAUUAG